AUGUCAUCAUUCCGUGGGGCCACAGGGUCCCAGGAAACUCAGUGGCAGCAGAGCAAGUAUAAAUGGCAGAUCUAUACCUCAGAGAACUUCCUGUGUUCAGGAGACGUGUGCCUUGCUCGGGAGCCUGGGGCCCGGGGCACGGGGCUGGGGGCCCCCACCAACAAGUGGAGGGAGGUGCCCACCUCCAAGGGGACUGAAGAGGCACAGAAGAGCCACCACACGUACCUUCUCUACGACGUCAACCCCCCCGAGGGCUUCAACCUCCGCAGGGACGUCUACAUCCGGGUCGCCUCCCUCCUCAAGACUCUGCUGAAGACCGAGGAGUGGGUGCUGGUGCUGCCCCCCUGGGGCCGCCUCUAUCACUGGCAGAGCCCCGACAUCCACCAGGUCCGGAUUCCCUGGUCCGACUUUUUUGAUCUUCCAAGUCUCAACAGAAACAUCCCCGUCAUUGAGUACGAGCAGUUCAUUGCAGAGUCCGGCGGGCCCUUUAUUGACCAGGUCUAUGUCCUGCAAAGUUACGCAGAAGGGUGGAAAGAGGGGAGCUGGGAGGAGAAGGUGGAUGACCGGCCGUGCAUCGACCCGCCGCUGUACUCGCAAGACAAGCACGAGUACUACAGAGGAUGGUUUUGGGGUUAUGAAGAAACGAGGGGUUUAAACGUGUCCUGUCUGUCCGUUCAAGGAUCGGCUUCUAUCAUCGCGCCUGUGCUUCUGAGAAACACGUCAGCACGGUCCGUGAUGUUAGACAGAGCCGAAAACCUGCUUCACGACCACUACGGAGGAAAGGAGUACUGGGAUACCCGGCGGAGCAUGGUGUUCGCCAGGCACCUGCGGGCCGUGGGGGACGAGUUCAGAAGCAGGUACUUGAACUCCACGGACGAGGCAGACAGGAUCCCCUUCGAGGAGGACUGGACCCGGAUGAAGGUCAAGCUGGGCUCCUCACUGGGGGGCCCGUACCUCGGAGUUCACCUGAGGAGAAAAGAUUUCAUCUGGGGCCACAGAGAGGAUGUGCCCAGUCUGGACGGCGCCGUGAAGCAGAUCCGCAGCCUCAUGAAGACUUACCAGCUGGACAGGGUGUUCGUGGCCACAGACGCCAUCAGAAAGGAGUACGAAGAGCUGAAAAAGCUGUUGCCUGAGAUGGUGCGCUUCGAGCCCACGUGGGAGGAGCUGGAGCUGUACAAGGACGGCGGCGUGGCCAUCAUCGACCAGUGGAUCUGCUCACACGCCAGGGUUUUCAUUGGCACCUCGGUCUCCACGUUUUCUUUUCGGAUUCAUGAGGAAAGGGAAAUUCUGGGGUUGGACCCCAAGACGACAUACAACCGAUUCUGCGGAGACCAGGAGAAAGUGUGCGAGCAGCCCACGCACUGGAGGAUCGCGUACUGAGCCCGCGCCCCCUGGUCCCCUCUGCCCUGGACCUCUCGUGCCCGCUGUGCACU